AGAGUAUCACACAAAACCCCUUCUAUACGUUCUUUUGCCCAAAACAUAGGUAUACCGUCGAUACCCAUAAGUCAUCGGACACCGUACCAAGCCUAUCCCGUCGUUUUGUUGCCAACACCUACGGUUGAAAACAUAGCUCUGGACUUCAAAGAUGUCCCAGUCACUCGCCAAGGAAUGCAACGAGGCCAAGGAACGUUACGACACUUGCUUUCUCAAAUGGUACAGUGAGAAAUACCUUAGGGGCAAUGGUACCGAACAAAAUAACGAAUGUUCCACUCUCUUCAAGGAGUAUAGCUCUUGCCUGCAGGUUGCUUUGAAAGAGCGUGGCAUCGACAAGCUGCUUGACGAGGCGCGGGAAGAACUCAAGGACAGCGACUCAACAUACAUGGGCAAGAAAAAAUCAUCUACCGGCCCAGACUUUUGCCGCGAUCGCAUGCUCGAACACAUCCGCGAUCGCCAGGAUCAGGAUGAUGGCUUGAUGCGCGUGUUCUGGCCCACAGACCUUCCGCGAUCCGACUGUAACGGCGUCGUGGUCGGCUGGAGGAACUCGGCCUUGGAUGUUCUCGUGGUGGCAGUACUGGAAGAGGUUGAGCCUCGACGUGUUGAAAGCGCGUUAAAGCUCGGUAACCUUCUCCGUAACGCCCCUCACCCAGUCAGCCGCAUCUACGAACAAUGCGGCAAAUCGUCCAUAAGCGUCUUGGGCGUCUCAAACACUCCAGACACCGUCGAGGUCGACUCAUCAUGGAUCCGGGUUACGAUAGCGCCUAAGCAGCGUGUGCCUUCUGUCACCUGUGCUCGAGCGUCCAGUAUUCAGAUUAUCCUUUUCGAGCGGCCUCUGCCAGGACGAAUGCAGUACAUGUCACUUAAUCCGAUUGCCUUGGCACUGGGAGACAAACACGACGGAUUUAGGCAGGAUUUCGCCGACAGUGGGGAGGAGGAUGACGAGAAGCGGGAGCGUUUGAGCAAGGAAACGAAGCGAAAACUGGUCGAGAAGCUUAAACAACAUUCGGUGAUAAAGCGAAUCCCGUCGCCCAAGGAGCGAGCGCUUGCGACCAUAGUCAACCAAAUCAAUUGGGCAUGGGAGCUCGAAAAGCUACUACAGCAGAAUGUCUCACGCAUUGGCACUCGUCCGAAGAGGGCUUUGAGCGUGUCAGAACGGGUGGUCGAGUCGGCAACCACAGCUCGCGACAUGGUCUUGGUAUGGCUUUGGGAGUUGAUCACCAUCUACGUGCUGCCCGUCAUCAAGAAAGUAUUUGUGCUAGGCUUGAUGGCUCAUAGGGUGGUCGCCGAGAUGUUGUUGCGCAUACUGGAGUGGCGGCUUCGGCCCAGAUAUGCAGCUCUGAAAGACAUAUCUGCGACGGCUCAGCAAGUUGAGAUUCGCCUCCAACAGUUUUGCUACUGGCCGAUGCAGUAUGUCACGCUUCGGAUGAGGAAGAACGACUGGGCGAGUGUCACAACGAGUCACCCAGACUACAUUCGGUUUUAUAACAGUCUCUGGCUUGUUGCCAAUGAUGUCAUCAUCGGCAUGGCGUUUGGUUCCUACAUCAUUGAAAAUGCUGGCUGGGUGGCCGACGAGAUCAGCCGCCUGCUCACCACUUAUACCGUCGAAGCAUUGCAGAGCAGCAUUUCCUGGCUCAUGGGCUGGCCGGCAGGUUUGAAGCUAAACACCGAACUAGCGGCGUUCCUUGGUGAUCUGUUCCUGUGGGUUAUUGAAUACUGGGCGAGCUGUAUCGAGACAAUUCGGCCCAUGCUGCCACGUAUUGUGUUGAUUAUCGGCUUCUCCAGUUUUGCGGGGGCAAGCAUGCCUCUUGCCCUAUUCUCGGAUCUCCUUUCCAUACUCACGAUUCACAUAUACUCCUUCUACCUCGCCUCGGCCAGGAUAUUUCACUGGCAGUUGAAUAUCCUCCAGUCGCUUUUCCACCUCUUUCGCGGCAAGAAACACAAUGUCCUUCGAAACCGCAUCGACUCGUGCGACUAUGGACUCGAUCAGCUCCUUGUGGGGACUAUUCUCUUCACGGUCCUGUUUUUCCUUUUGCCCACCGUGGUGGUAUUUUACUUGAACUUUGCGAUUGCACGCAUGGCCAUCAUUCUGUUCAAGGCUUGCUUCGAUACUGCACUUUCUUGUCUAAACCACUUUCCACUUUUCGCAUUGAUGUUACGGGUCAAAGAUCCGAAAAGACUUCCAGGCGGCAUUCGAUUCGAGCUUCGCGACACCCAGGAUUUUGGAGCCACCUCUAAUGAUAAUAUUCCCCUGCGUCAGCACCCCUCGACCUCUGUCAUAUCUCUUCAGUCUAUCCCUCUGGAUUUCAAGUCCAUGUUCUACCAAUACUUCCAGAUGGGCAACCGGAUCCGGAAGCACUACCUUUCGCCCCGCGUGGCCCUCUGUUUGCUGACGGGCAAGUUCGUCCCGCCGCUCAACAGGAGGAACCUGUACAGUCUUCAGUACAGCAUGUUGCCCGCCAAGAGAGCUGGAGUGAUGGAGAUGUGGGAUGCCGUGAACUCGUUGCCGGCGUCCAAGAGAAAGUCGAUGCCUAUACAGGUGCCUAUCUUGGCGAACGGGAGGAGGUUUCCGAGCAAUUAUGGCGGAGGGAGGUCACGCAGUUAUGGAUAGCGAUUCGAUUGAAGGCGUGUGUACUUUGUAAUUUUGACUUGUAAAUAUUGGUCCUUAUUGGAUGCGUA